CGCAUUGUGGGGCUGAACCAGGCGGCGAACCUGGGGGGCGACUCCGGCUUUGGCGGCGCCGCGUCCAAGACCAAGAAGGGCAUGUUCCGCACGGUGGGGCAGCUGUACAAGGAGCAGCUGGGCAAGCUGAUGGCCACGCUGCGAAGCACCAACCCCAACUUCGUGCGCUGCAUCAUCCCCAACCACGAGAAGAAGUCUGGCAAGUUGGAGAGCCACCUGGUGCUGGAGCAGCUGCGCUGCAACGGGGUCCUGGAAGGGAUCCGCAUCUGCCGCCAGGGGUUCCCCAACCGCGUGGUCUUCCAGGAGUUCCGGCAGCGGUACGAGAUCCUGACCCCUCACGCCAUCCCCAAGGGUUUCAUGGACGGCAAGCAGGCGUGCGACCUCAUGAUCAAAUCCCUGGAGCUGGAUUCGAACUUGUUCCGCAUCGGCCAGAGCAAAGUGUUCUUCCGCACGGGAGUGCUCGCCCACCUGGAGGAGGAGCGCGACCUCAAGAUCACCGACAUCAUCAUCGCCUUCCAGUCGCUCUGCCGGGGAUAUCUCUCACGCAAGGCGCACGCUCGCAAGAUGCAGCAGAUGAGCGCCCUGAAGAUCCUGCAGCGCAACUGCGCCGCCUACCUGAAACUGCGAAACUGGCAGUGGUGGCGUCUCUUCACCAAGGUGAAGCCGCUCCUGCAGGUGACCCGUCAGGAAGAGGAGCUGCAAGCUCGCGACGAGGAGCUGAAGAUGACGCGAGAGAGGCAGCAGAGGGCAGAGGCCAUGCUGCACGAGCUGGAGUCCAAGCACGGACAGCUCGUGGAUGAGAAGCAGAUCCUGGCGGAGCAGCUGCAGGCGGAGAUCGAGCUGUGUGCCGAGGCGGAGGAGAUGCGUGUCCGUCUCGAGGUGAAGCGACAGGAGCUGGAGGAGAUCUUGCACGAGCUGGAGUCACGUGUGGAGGAGGAAGAGGAACGCUCGCAGACGCUGGCACUCGACAAAAAGAAGAUGCAGCAGCACCUGCAGGACCUCGAGGACCAGCUGGAUGAGGAGGAGACAGCGCGCCAGAAGCUGCAGCUGGAGAAGGUCACCGCCGAGUCCAAGAUCAAGAAGAUGGAGGAGGACCUCAUCAUGCUGGAUGACCAGCACAGCAAGCUGGGCAAGGAGAAGAAGCAGCUGGAGGAGCGUGUGGCCGAGUUCACGUCGCACCUGGCGGAGGAGGAGGAGAAGGUGAAGUCGCUGAGCAAGGCCAAGGCCAAGCAGGACGCCAUCAUCGCCGACAUGGAGGACCGUCUCAAGGACGAGGAGAAGUCUCGGCAGGAGCUGGAGAAGUCUAAGCGGAAGCUGGAGGCCGAGGGCUCCGACCUGCAGGACCACAUCGCUGAGCUGCUGCGGCAGAUCGAGGACCUCAAAGCGCAGCUCGCCAAGAAGGAACACGAGCUGCAGGCGGCCACCGCCCGGGGUGACGACGAGGCAGCGCAGAAGACGAGCGCGCUCAAGUUGGUGCGCGAGCUGCAGGCGCAGCUUGCCGAGCUGCAGGAGGACCUGGAGGCGGAGCGGGCGGCUCGGGCCAAGGUGGAGAAGCUCAAACGGGACCUGGGCGAGGAGCUGGAGGCGCUCAAGACGGAGCUGGAGGACACCCUGGACACCACCGCCGCACAACAAGAGCUCAGGGCUAAGCGAGAGCACGAGGUGGCGGAGCUGCGGCGAGCGCUGGAGGAGGAGGUGCGCUCACACGAGUCGCAAGUCCAGGAGAUGCGCAAGAAGCACACGCAGACGCUGGAGGAGAUGACCGAGACGCUGGAGAGCGUCAAGAGGGCCAAGGUGACCCUGGAGAAAACGAAGCAGGGCCUGGAGGUGGAGAAGCAGGAACUGCUGCACGAGGUCAAGGGGCUGCAGGCGGCGCGCUCCGACCUCGAGCACCGGCGCAAGAAGCUGGAGACGCAGCUGCAGGAGGCGACGGGCAAGCACGUGGAGACGGAGCGCGAGCGCCUGGAGCUCGUGGAGCGCUCCUCCCGCCUGCAGGUGGAGCUGGACAACGUGACGUCCAUCGUGACCCAGACGGAGACCAAGGUGCUCAAGCUGUCCAAGGACGUGGCGAGCAUCCAGACGCAGCUGCAGGACACCCAGGAGCUGCUCCAGGAGGAGACGCGUCAGAAGCUGCAGCUGAGCAGCAAGGCGCGCCAGCUGGAGGAGGAGAAGGCCGGCCUUGCCGAGCAGCUGGAGGACGAGGAGGAGGCACGCAGAGCCACGGAGAAGCAGCUCUCCUCCAUCACGCUGCAGCUGUCGGACUCGAAGCGUCGCCUGGAGGAGGCCGGCGCGGCCCAGGAGAUGCUCGAGGAGUCGAGGCGCAAGAUGGCCAAGGAGGUGGAGGUGCUGACCCAGAGCCUGGAGGAGAAAACGGCGGCCUGCGACAAGUCCGACAAGACGCGCAACCGCCUGCAGCAGGAGCUGGAGGACGUCGUCAUGGACUUGGACCACCAGCGGCAGGUGGUGGCCACGCUGGAGAAGAAGCAGAAGAAGUUCGACCAGAUGCUGGCGGAGGAGAAGGCGGUGUCGUCGCGCUACGCGGACGAGCGCGACCGCGCCGAGGCGGAGGCUCGCGAGCGGGAGACCCGGGCGCUGUCGCUCGCCCGCGAACUCGACGAGGCGUCGUCCGCCCGCGACGACCUCGAGAAGGCCAACCGCUCCCUGCGCGCCGAGAUGGACGACCUCGUCAGCUCCAAGGACGACGUCGGCAAGAGCGUGCACGAGCUGGAGAAGUCGAAGCGUGCGCUGGAGCAGCAGGUGGGCGAGAUGAAGACGCAGCUGGAGGAGCUGGAGGACGAGCUGCAGGCCACGGAGGACGCCAAGCUGCGGCUGGAGGUGACGCUGCAGGCGCUGCGGGCGCAGUUCGAGCGCGACCUGCAGCAGCGCGACGAGAGCAACGAGGAGAAGGCGCGCACGCUCGCCAAGCAGGUGCGGGAGCUCGAGUCGGAGCUGGAGGACGAGCGCAAGCAGCGGGCGGCGGCGGGCGGCGCGCGGAAGAAGCUGGAGGGAGACCUGGCGGACAUGGAGGGGCAGCUGGACGCCUCCAGCAAGGCCCGCGAGGAGGCGGUCAAGCAGCUGCGCAAGCUGCAGGCCCAGCUGAAGGACGUGCAGCGGGAGGCGGAGGAGGCUCACAGCUCGCGCGAGGAGGUGGCGGCGCAGGCUCGCGAGAAGGAGAAGAAGAUGAAGAACCUGGAGACGCAGCUGCUGCACCUGCAGGAGGAGUUGGCGGCGGCUGAGCGAGCGCGCCGCACCGUGGAGCAGGAGAGAGACGACCUGGCCGAGGAGAUCGCGGGGAACACGAGCGGCAAGUCGGCCAUGAUGGAUGACAAGCGGCGCUUGGAGGCGAGGAUCUCGCAGCUGGAGGAGGAGCUGGAGGAGGAGCAGGGAGCCACGGAGCUCUCCAACGAGCGGCUACGCAAGGCGUCCGCACAGGCAGAGCAGCUGAGCUCGGAGCUGACCGGCGAGCGUGGCCAAUCGCAGCGAGCGGAGAGCGCCCGCCAGCAGCUCGAGCGCCAGAACAAGGAGCUGCAGGUGAAGCUGCAGGAGAUGGAGGCGGCCUUCCGCUCCAAGGCCAAGUCGUCGCAGGCCGCGCUCGAGGCCAAGAUCGGCCAGCUGGAGGAGCAGCUCGAUGUGGAGACCAAGGAGCGAGCGAACGCCAGCAAGAAGCUUCGCAGCUCGGAGAAGCGCCUCAAGGACGUCCUGGGCCAGAUGGAGGAUGAGCGCCGGCAAGCGGAGCAGCACAAAGACCAGCUGGACAAGUCGACGGUGCGGCUGAAGCAGCUGAAGCGGCAGCUGGAGGAGAGCGAGGAGGAGACGAGUCGUGCCAACGCGGCGCGGCGCAAGCUGCAGCGCGACCUCGAGGAGGCCACCGAGGGUCAGGACGCCAUGAGCCGCGAGGUGUCCACCCUCAAGAGCAAGUUGCGGCAAAGCGGCGGCAUCUCCGGCGGCAGCGCUUCUCCGUUUGCCGGCGGCAUCGGCGGCAUCGGCGGCAUCAGCGGCAGCGCCGUCGUGCGCUCGCUGCGACGCAGCGGCGCUCGCGGCGGCAACGAUGUCACCACCGCAGAGAGCGCCGACGACGAGUUCGACGGGCGGGACAGCGACAGCAGCAGCAAGUACGCCGAGUAGAGUCGCGGUGG